AUGAAGACUCCGUCUGAAGUUGACCAUGAGAAGGGUGAACAAAUCUACCAAACGACCUCAGGACCUGUAGCUGGCGAUGUCUUCGACGAAUCAUAUGGAACAACACAACGCGGCCUAAAGUCACGACAUGCCCAAAUGAUCGCUCUGGGAGGCACGAUUGGUACAGGACUCUUCGUCGGGUCUGGUCAAACGCUUGCUAGAGGUGGUCCGGCUUUCAUCUUGGGAACGUUCAUCUUCAUGGCUGCGUUGAUCUGGAUGAUCGUCACCGCCAUCACUGAAAUGUCCGCUUACUUGCCUACUCGCGGUAGUAGUAUGACUCUCUUCGCAGAUCGAUUCGUAUCGCCCUCAUUCGGAUUUGCUCUGGGAUGGCUUUAUUGGUACUCUCUGGGUAUCUUGGUACCAUAUGAGAUCACAGCAGCUGGUCUGGUCAUCGAAUACUGGGGGUCUACCAUCAACAUCGCCGCCUGGAUCUCAAUCAUGCUGGUCCUGAUUGUCGCAUUGAACCUCCUUCCCGUCAAAUACUAUGGCGAAGUUGAGUUCUGGUUUGCUGGUACAAAAGUGGUCAUGAUGAUUGGACUCUUGCUUGUUUCACUCAUCAUCUGUCUCGGUGGUGGCCCUUCCAAGGACAGGCUGGGCUUCAGGUAUUGGCAAGAUCCCGGCGCCGCGAACGUCUACCUUGCCGAAGGAAACACUGGACGCUUCAUAGCGCUGCUGUCGACGUGGGUACUCAGCGCGUUUCCCUUUGCAUUCGCCCCCGAGCUUUUGGUUGCAACUGGUGGUGAGAUCGAGGAUCCUCGCCGUAACCUUCCCAUCGCGGCUAGGAGAUACUUCUACCGUUUGAUCUUCUUCUACAUCUUCUCUGUUCUCGCUAUCGGCGUUAUUUGCCGUUCGGAUGAUCAGGCAUUGACCAACGGUGGAGUUGGUGCUGGGUCUUCGGCAUUCGUUGUUGGAAUCAAGAAUGCCGGCAUCCCAAUCCUGGACUCGAUCAUCAAUGGAGGUAUCAUCCUCAGUGCUUGGUCGUCUGGAAACUCAUUCCUGUACCUUUCUGGCCGAAGUCUGUACUCUUUGGCUCUUGCCGGCAACGCUCCCGCUUGGUUCAAGCAUUGCAGCAAAGGUGGUGUUCCAAUUCGUGCAAUGGGAGUGUCAUCGCUGUUCUCUCUGCUGGCCUAUCUCAACGUCGCAAACUCUGCGAGUGUCGUGUUCAAUUGGCUCGUCAACCUCACCAACACUUCAGCUUUCAUCUCCUGGAUCUGCUGCUGCAUUACCUACCUCCGUUUCCGCAAAGCCAUCGAAGCCCAGGGCAUCCCCGAUUCUGACCUCCCUUACCGAAACACCAUCAUGCAGCCCUGGGGAGCUUGGUUCGCCAUGGUCUUUUUCACCAUUUUGACUUUUAUCAAUGGAUUCACCGUGUUCUGGCCGCAGAACUGGUCCAUCGCCAGUUUCUUUACGGCAUAUGUUGGUAUCCCCAUUCCAAUUAUUAUUUAUCUGGUUCACAAGGUGUUUUGGGCUAGACAUGAUGAGUGGGCUCGUUCGCCGUUGAGUGUAGAUCUUGUGAGUGGGCUUGAUGAGGUGAUGACGACGAGUAAGCCUAAGAAGCCUUAUACCAAGUGGUAUCACUAUAUCAGAGUGUUGUGGGAGUAG